AUCGAUAACUAAACAACAAAAAUUCUUCCUUGACAAAUUCAUAGUUGGUAAUUUGCGUCGGGUAGCUUAUUUAUUAUUUUAUUUGGAAUUAUAUAUUUUUUACGAAAUGAAUGCUCCACCAACGUUCGAAUCUUUUUUGCUGUAUGAAGGUGAAAAGAAAAUCAUCAAAGAGUUGGAUACUAAGGUUACAAACGCUGCGAUAUUCACGGUUAACAAGGAGGAUCACACACUUGGCAAUAUGAUUAGAAAUCAACUUUUAAAGGAUCCAAAUGUUCUUUUUGCUGGGUACAAAGUGCCGCAUCCAUUGGAGCACAAAUUUGUUAUAAGAAUACAAACUACUUCUGAUUACUCCCCGCAUGAAGCAUUCAUGAACGCGAUAACAGAUUUAUUAGCAGAACUUUCAUUGUUUGAGGAGCGAUUUAAAGAAGCGAUUAAGGAAAAAAGGGAAGGUGGCGAUUAAAUAAUUCAUUUCGAAAAUAUGGGUGAUCACAUCCCCAAGGCAAACACAAUUAUUAUAUAAUGAACUUGAUUAAGAUAAUAAAAUAAAAUAAUAACAAAAAGAGCAAAUUUGA